CGCUCUUCCAGGAAGGGAUUAUUAACCAGCGCGCUGCCGCCGACAUGUGAAGGAAAACACUCGCAGAGACAAAAGAAGUUUUCACGCCGCGGACAGGAGCCAUGGACCCGAGCGGCAGAUAGAAGAAGAGGAGGAGGAGGAAGAAGAAGAGGGACUACAUGACAGAAGAGGAGAAACUACUUGUCCCACAGUGACGAGCCGAGCAGCCCCACUGUUGCUGGAGAGGAGGUGAAGAAGAAGAAGAAGAAGAAGAGAGAGAGAGAGAGAGAGAGAGAGAGAGAGAGAGAGAGAGAGAGAGAGAGAGAGAGAGACGACGGAGAAGUGGACGCAGAGAAGUUGACGGGAGAGAAUGUCUGAAUCCUCCUCGGCUGCGACCAAGCAGGAGAGGAGCUCUUUCAGUCCUUCCGCGAACCCGCUGCCAAACUCCACUUCCUCCCCCGUCCAUGCUCCCGCCGCGAGGCCAGCCAGCCGAAUGGAGGACGAGCCUGCCAGGCUGCCUGCGCACCUGCGUCUGCAGCCGGUCUUUUGGAGCCGGGAAGACGUGGCCCAGUGGCUGCGAUGGGCCGAGAAGGAGUUUGCCCUCCGGCCGAUCACCAGCGGCUCUUUCCAGAUGAAUGGCAAAGCCCUGCUGCUGCUCACCAAAGAGGACUUCCGCUACCGAUCCCCCCAUUCUGGGGACGUCCUGUAUGAGCUGCUGCAGCACAUCCUGAAGCAGAGGAAGCCCCACGUGUUUUACCCCUCUGCCUACUUCCCUGGGAACUCCUUCCACUCGCUGCCUGAAAGCCCUGGGCAGCACGUGAAGCUCGAAGAAACGGUACGACGAGGGCCGCGUGGUACAGAGCCCCUCCCCCAGCAUCCACCAACCAUCGAGCUGCGCCACCGCUCCCGCUCCCCUCUCCACCCAACCCAGCGUCGAUCCCCUCUGGGGCCCAAUCACCCCCGCCCCGCCAACGAUGACUCCCUCCAAACCUUCUCAGAGCUGCCAGACAGCAACCACCACCUGCACGAGGAAAUGUACCCCUUGUCUGUGUCCCCAGCCGCACCGAACGGCCGCUGCACGACACCGCGAGAACCCCUGUGCCCAGGCAGCCCUGGGGGCCAGGAGGCGGGCCCUCCUCGCGUCAUCCAGCUCAUGCCUAGCACCAUCAUGAACCCUCUCCUCACCACGAGCAGGAGUGGCGGAGGAACCGGCAUGGACUUCAGGCACAGCCGAGGCGGACCCCUGUCCCAGACGACACACGAGAACGGGCGUGAAAGUAAAAUUCACGGCCACCACCAUGUGAUAGCCCUGACACAUCAGCAGCAGCACCUGCUGCAGCAGGAGGAGGCGCUCUACAGGAACCACGUCAUCAUGCCUGUGUCUCCUCCAGAGGAGCCGCAGAUGCCCAUAGGACGGAUAGCAGACUGCAGGCUGCUGUGGGACUACGUCUACCAGCUCCUGUCAGACAGCAGGUACGAGAACUACAUCCGCUGGGAGGAUCCAGAGAGCAAAGUCUUCCGCAUCAUGGACCCCAACGGCCUGGCCAGGCUCUGGGGGAAUCACAAGAACAGGACAAAUAUGACGUACGAGAAGAUGUCGCGAGCACUGAGACACUACUACAAACUGAACAUUAUCAGGAAAGAGCCUGGACAAAGACUUCUGUUCAGGUUCAUGAAAACCCCCGACGAGAUAAUGAACGGACAGACGGACCGACUGGAGCACCUGGAGUCCGACACAGAUGAACAAAUCUACAUCAAGGAGGAAUGCUGAGGAACUUCGGGGGGAGAAAAACUGUCCACAAACUCCUUACUACUUAAACUACUACAGCCGCUGAUGCCUUUCAGACGCAGCUUGAACAAUCGAUGUUGAAUCCGGAGCGCGCCGACGCUCCCUCGUAUCAUUCCUACGCGGCGAGACGUGAAAUCUGAUCCCUCUUGUGAUUGCCUUAGGAUGAUCCUUUUCUGAAGUUAAACAGGAACACACAGCAUCAGUUGUUUUGAUUUCCCUGGUGGGCAGAGACUUUUCAUGUGCUCCCCUCUUUGUCCCUCAAUGAACUGCAGAAGCCAAUCACAUGUGCUUAUGUCACUUUUACGAUUUUGUUUUUGUCUCUUCACUUGCAUUAUACGAUGGAAUUUUGUAAAAAGAAAAUUGUGUGUGUUUGCCCGUGUGUGUGUGUGUGUGUGUGUGUGUGUGUGUG